UGCCAGUCACAGGAGCCACAAUGGCGAUUGUAGUCUCUUUAAGAUAGGGCUGUGGAUGCAAUCAAAUCCACUAACAUCGCCCUAAAUAUAGGCUUGGUUGAUUUCCAGAGCCAUUGAUAAUAAACUGGAACAUCUACUGCACACGAAAAUACUAUGAUUUCUUAUUGUUGAGUUUUAUAGGGGAUACAAACUUACAUUAAAAGGAACAUGUAAACAGCACCAACCGGGUCAAGUUUUCAUUUUGUUGGAGAAACGAGCGUCUUUUACUGAAGACGUCUGCUUGUUUCUGAGUGCUAAGCUCGUUCCUCUGAGGAACACAGCACCUUUACUUAACUUGGCACCGGACAAGGACAGCUUUCACAAGGGGACUUUUUUCAUUUUUCAUCAGGCUGCUCGCUAGCUGCCGAGCAUUAGCUAGCGGUGCUAGCUAGCUACGUUGAGACGGUGGCGACGCUUCAAAACUCCCAACGUUCGGUUCGGACCUUCUUCAUUCACUGACUAACUCCAAGAUCAACCUUUACGGCACGGGAAGGCAACUUUUUAUUUUUCUGUUUUGAGAAAACUCCGCCGACGAUCCAAUGGAGUGAAUUGGCGCUAAAGGAGGACUCGAUAUCGGCCUGGUUUCCCGUUAAUGAACUGCCCGGAUCACGGUAGAGGAGGCACCGCCGGCGUAAGGUAUGCCUGGGUCGGACCGAAACCAUGGGAUCAAGAGGAAGACGGACGCUAGCAGCGGUGCGUCGCUCCAGACCCAAGGCCCGGCUCGUACUUUUGAGGGAGACCUGAGCAAAGAUGGUAAAGUGCAGUUAAAACCUCUGAUGUCCUCCUCAUCGAAACGCAAGCGGCAUAAAUUGAGCAAAUAUAACUUUUUAUUCGGUGAUACGGUGCCUCCUGGCGUCAACACGGUGAAGCCUCUAGUGGAGUACGACGACAUCAGCUCGGACUCGGACACCUUCUCGGACCCCCCGUCCUCCAGGCCGUCUGAGAGGGGGGCUGCGGACAGGCUGGACCCCUCACCGGACUACGACAGGGAGGACAUUAGCAGAGAAGGUGACGGAGCCGGGAACCGGGUGCACAGACAGCCCCGGAAGAAGCCCAAGGACCCCAGCAAAGUUAGAGACUCUGGGAACGGCGAGCAGGGACUCAAGAAAAAGAGCAGCAAAGACCGCGAGAAGGGCAGAUCCGUGAAGAGCAAAGAGAAGUCCGCUCCUGUGGGCUCCUCAUCCAAGCACCCAGGUGAAGCCAAACGUGGGGAGCUGAUGCUCUCCAACGCACAGAGCGUCGGCAGCACCACUUCCUCCGCGUCUUCGUGCCGCAGCAAGGAGAGCAGCCGCUCAGGGAAGUCCCACAAAGACCGGCAGCAGAGGAGAGAAGGCCGAGGGGAGGUGAGCCGCACCUCCUCCCAUAGGAGCCGGGCAGACAGGACUCACCGCAAGUCCUCCAAGAGCCACAAGUCGAGCCCCAGGGGCAAGUCGUCAAACAGGGGGAGUCCCCGCAGAAAGGGCUCUGCUUUGUCACCCAGCCCCAGGAGGAAGGCUGGCAGCGAAAGUCCACUGGGCUAUGGACAGCAGGGCGAUGACGGCUACAACAGGCGGAGGGUGACCCAGCAGAGCUCAAGUCCUUAUGGGGACAUGUCUCGCCGCAGCAGACAUAGGUCCUCCAGCUUCGAGAGGGACAGCAGCCCUUAUUCGAGGAGGCGAUCCAUCAGCCCGUAUGCCACCCGCAGGUCCUCCAGCACCAGCCCAGUGUCUCGGCGCUCGGAUCGAUCCAGAAGUCGUUCUCCUCUGCACUACUCUUCUCGCCGCUCCUCCUCCCGUUCCCGAACCAAGAGACAUACCUCCUCUGGAGCAGGGGGCAACUCCCACAGCAGUCGGGCAGCAAGCCGCUCCCCUCCCUCCUCCCGUCUGCCCCUCAACUCCAGUUUGGGCGCGGAGCUUACCCGCAAAAAAAAGGAGCGCAUGGCUGCCGAGGCGGCUGCUCGUGCCAGUGCUGGCGGCGCGGCAUCUCCUCUUACGUCGACAAACAAAGCUUCGAGCUCUGCGUCGUCACGGCCUGCUAAAGCCGAGCCCCCGCCGCUAGAAAAAGACUCGUUAGCAAAAGUAGAAACUCACCCUCCGCCUGCUGCACAGUUACCCCCCGAUGGUCCUAGUGCUGAAGAUCAAGUUGCAGCAUCUUCAUCUUCUUCACCUGCACUACCUCCUCCUGAGCCCUCCCCUCCUGUGCCACCCAGCCAAGCCAUCCAGGUUCCCCCACCACCACCUCAGGCAGAAACGACUAUUCAGCUUCCUGCAAAUCCCCCCUCCCUGGCAAAAUCGCCAGUUUCACUUCCUUCACGCAGCCCCGUUCGCCAGACACCACUCCACAAGACGUCCACUCUGCCCCCCCUGCCUUUACCGCCUGCACUGCUGGGCGCCACUCAGAACAGUCCAAAGAAGUCCACCCCUCCCCAGAGGACAUCGAGAAAGGAGAAAGAAGUUCGCAUCCGGACUUCCAUUAUCGACCUUCCUCUACCACCAACUCUGCUCGGCAUUGACUCCUCACCUCCGCAGUCCCCCAUCCGGCAGCCUCCCACUGUACCACAAACAGCCCUUAAGAAGAGACCAAAGAUUUGUUGCCCACGAUACGGUGAGCGCAGACAUAACCUGAGUGACUGGGGCAAACGCUGUGUAGACAAAUUUGAUAUUAUUGGCAUCAUAGGAGAAGGCACUUAUGGCCAAGUGUACAAAGCAAAGGACAAAGACACUGGUGAACUUGUUGCUUUGAAGAAAGUGCGUCUGGACAAUGAAAAGGAGGGUUUCCCCAUCACGGCCAUCAGGGAGAUCAAGAUCCUGCGGCAGCUCAAACACCGCAGCGUUGUCAACAUGAAGGAAAUCGUCACUGACAAACAGGAUGCACUGGAUUUCAAGAAGGAUAAAGGUGCGUUUUACUUGGUGUUUGAGUACAUGGACCAUGACCUGAUGGGCCUUCUGGAGUCCGGCCUGGUCCAGUUCUCCCAUGAACACAUCCGCAGCUUCAUGCGGCAGCUGUUGGAAGGUCUGGACUACUGCCAUAAGAACAACUUCCUGCACAGAGACAUCAAAUGCUCCAACAUACUUCUCAACAACAGAGGUCAGAUCAAACUGGCUGACUUUGGAUUGGCUCGACUUUACAAUUCUGAAGAAAGUCGACCGUACACUAAUAAAGUAAUCACGCUAUGGUACCGUCCGCCUGAACUUCUGCUGGGUGAGGAGAGGUAUUCUCCAGCCAUUGAUGUUUGGAGCUGUGGGUGUAUUCUUGGAGAGCUCUUCACUAAGAAACCCAUCUUUCAGGCUAAUCAGGAACUUCUACAACUGGAGCUCAUCAGCCGUCUGUGUGGGAGCCCCUGUCCUGCAGCCUGGCCCGAUGUCAUCAAACUUCCUCUCUUCAACACCAUGAAACCCAAGAAGCAGUACAGACGGCGACUACGAGAAGAGUUUGCCUUUUUGCCUAUUUCUGCCCUGGACUUGCUGGACCGAAUGUUGACCCUUGACCCUUCACGCCGCUGCACGUCAGAGCAAGCGCUCUUCAGUGACUUCCUGAGUGAUGUAGAUCCCAACAGGAUGCCACCGCCUGAUCUCCCUCACCAUCAGGACUGUCACGAGCUGUGGAUUAAGAAGAAGAGGCGCUCACGACAGAGCGGGUUGCCAGAGGAAGCGCCCAAAGUGCCCCGUAAAGAGGUGGCUGGGACAUCCAGCGGCGAGAACAGUCGAGCCCAGAGCAGCCCGACCGGAGUCCCACCUCCUCCGCCGGAAAAACCCGCCUCCACAGCCAAAUUGGAGAGCGAGUUGUCGGGUCUGGGAGUGGCUGCGGAGCAACUGAACCAAACCGAACUGGCGGUGCUGCUAAACCUCCUCCAGGGACAGACUGAGCUCAGCCUGGCCCAGGUGGCCCAGCUCCUUAACCCCUCCAAUCCAGAGACUCUCGGCCCUUUGCUGUCUGCCCUUAACGAGUCCUCUGACCACCAGGGGGAGCCAGAGAACAAGGUCCAGCCUGCAGCUGUGCCUCAGCCCCCAGAGCCGCCUCCUGAGCCCAGGGAGCCCUCUCCCACACCUGGAGACCCCCCUCUCAGCCAGGAAGACCAGACUAACCUGCUGGCUCUCAUUCUGGGCCAAAUGAUAAAACCACAAACCGAGGCGCAAACUGACGAGAGCAAUGGCGUUCAGUCAGAGGAGGCGCUCGCACGCGGUUCGUCCGCUUCUACUACUGAUUCCAAGGAUGGUGUCUCAAAAAGGAAACGAGUUUUGGUCAACGAGGUGGUUGACCAGCGUCCCCCGUCUCCGCCCGGGCCUCCUCCUCCUCCCUCGGCCGCUCCUCCUGGGAGCUCCCAGCAAACGGAGCCCCAGGACAUCAGCCCUGCCGUGGCUGCUGCUUUGCUUCAGCUCAUUUCUCAGCAGGACUUGGAAGCUGCAGCCUCUAAGAAAAGCCCAGACCCUUCCCCGGCUGAGGACGCUCACCGUGGAGAGCCUCCACCUCCUCCUUGGGUUGCAGACUCCCCUCCUAAACCUCCUCCUGCAGCUGAGGCUCCAGACGGACUGGUGACGACGACUCCUACCAUGGCUGCACGGUUCCCACAGGACCAGGACCUCCGUUUUUCCCACGGAGCCGCCCGUUGAACCUCAGCGUGUUGGAGGUGAACCCGGGUGUCAUUGGACAGCUCCAGCCCAAGGCCUGAAGGAAGUGGCAGAGGACCCCCCCCCACCCCCCCACCCCUACAGAAAGUGAUCAAGAGCAGGUAGUGACAGUCCAAUCAAAGCUUUUGAAAGUGAAUAUUUAAAUGAGAGUUGAGGGUUUUUGGUUUCGGGUGACAGAACUUCACCUCAACAUGUUGCUGUGGUGUUGGAGACGGUGCAGAUGAAGAGUCGGGACUUGAGUUGUGGAAUGGAGGGCUAUGCAACCGACGCUCAGUUUUAAAAACACCCGUGAGCUCGUUUUUUAUUUUGUUUCCUCCUUAAAACAAAGAAAUGAUUGUCUUGGUCGCAGCAGUGGCCACGUCUGAUGAGAUUAUCAGUGUUUAGUGAGAAGUUUUCAGUUCCCCCCCCCC